AGCAUAACAAAGGAAUUGAGGCGGACAGGUGAAGGAUGCCGUUCUUGGGCCAGGACUGGAGAUCUCCCGGUUGGAGCUGGAUUAAAACCGAAGACGGAUGGAAACGAUUCGAGUUUUUCGGUCACGAGCUGGGGGACAACAGUGAACUUGACCUGGAGUUGUCUGAUGAAAACAAAGAAAACCUAUAUGUGGGUGAGGUUUGUGAAGUUGCUGCCAAGAAGAGAAAAAAGGACUAUUUCAACAACAACACAAAAACUCAGUAUUACUUCCAGGAGAGAUGGAUCUAUGUGCAGAAAGAGAGCACAAGAGAGAGACAUGGUUACUGCACACUUGGAGAAGCUUUUAAUCGCUUGGACUUUUCCAGUGCUAUUCAAGACGUGCGCAGGUUCAACUAUGUGGUGAAACUUUUGCAGUUGAUUGCCAAGUCUCAGCUGACGUCGUUGAGUGGUGCUGCUCAGAAAAACUACUUCAAUGUUUUGGAGAAGAUUGUAAGAAAGGUUCUGGAUGACCAUCAGAACCCUCGGCUGAUAAAGACUUUGCUCCAGGACCUCAGCUCCACACUUCGUAUUCUCAUCCGAGAGGUGGGCAAGUCUGUUCUCGUCGGCAACAUCAAUAUUUGGGUCUGUCGCCUAGAAACCAUCCUCAGCUGGCAACAGCAGCUCAAUAAUCUACAAAUUCCCAAGCAAAUCUCCAGUGGGAUGACCCUUAGUGAUCUUCCUCUGCACAUGCAGAAUAACAUCCUCUAUAAGUUCAGUGAUGCCUGUGAUAUUAUCAACCUGGGACAAGCCACACCAACCCUGCAUAUGCUCAGUGAGGAUCGGCAACUUUGGAAAAAACUAUGUCAGUUUCACUUUGCUGAGAAACAGUUCUGCCGACACUUGAUCCUGUCUGAGAAAGGCCAUGUAGAUUGGAAGCUGAUGUUCUUCACACUACAAAAGUACUACCCCAAAAAAGAGCAGUACGGAGACACACUUCAUUUCUGCAAACACUGUAGCAUCCUCUUUUGGAAGGACCGACACCUGGCUUUGCUUUUUAAGGAUUCAGGACAUCCCUGUACAGCCAAUGAUCCAGACAGCUGCCUCACACCUGUAUCUCCCCAACAUUUCAUCGACCUCUUCAAGUGCUAGAGGCCUCUGUUCUAGCUAACUCCUGGGGUUCCAUGAAAAGAUUCCAG